AUGAAUUUCUUCAGCUGGCUCUUCCCUUCUUCUGACACCACCUCUCCCCCGCGCACCCAGGAGCAUACCUGGGAUCCGAAGACCGUGACCAUGCAGCAGCCUGUGUCUCCGCAGACCCUUCCUGCCGAGGUUCCAACGACCGCGGCUGAAUCAGGAGAACUCAGCAUGCGCGGUGGCGGUGAAGCCGGGAAUGUCUGCUGUGGCGUGUAA